CAGCUUCUUUUGGAAGGAAGAAGUGUCACAAGUCUACGCAAGAGCUAUUUUUCGUCGAGAAAAUCCUGCAACACGAUCCUGACGGAGGAAGAUAUCUCAUUAAAUGGCAGGGUUACAGAAAGCUCGAAGCUGGCCGGUGGUAUCCACACCGGAAAGGAAGAGGAUGGGAAGGAGAACAGUCGUACAGUCGAUGUCAGCGAGCCGUCACAAACUCCCAACGCUGGCAUCCACAUCCAGGUGCCACGUGUACUCGACUCGGCACGGGACGACAAGCAACAGCCCCAACAGCACCCCCCAGAGCACGCACCGUCUCCGGCUGUCUCGAGUACUGACGGAGAAGACCAUUCGGAUGGCGACAGUGAUUCAGACGCAAUCGAUAUUGACGUCGGAGAGAGCACUGUUAAUCCUCGGCGUGCGCUGAUUCGUAAAGUGGCGGAGACCUUGGCGCGGAGAUCAAAGUCGUCGAUUCCUCUGAAACGCUCUUCAAGUCCCAUUCAGUGUCCGGCCAGGAAACGAGCCGCUCAUGGGUCGCCGGACAGCAUGAGCCCCGAGAGAGACCACCAAUUUACGUCUCAUCGAAGGAGUCCGUCACCGCACGCUGCUCUGCCCGUCUGCGUUAGCAGCGGAUCGUCACUCAAGCCAUCCUUGGAACCGACCGAGCUAGCUAUUCGCAGCAGGGUGCGUGGUGAGAAGCAGGAGCGGGAGUAUCCCAGCGGCAGAACGCUGGAAUGCAGUCAUCUGGUUAUGGACGACCGACAUGAGAUCCGACUUCCGACUGCAGCCCGACCUGCCUCCGUUGGGACUACCGUGGUCGGAGACACCAACCUCAAUGCAACUGCUGCUCAGUGUGGAACCAGCCGAGUGGGCACACGGAUCGAGUCUGCCGGUGACGUCCUGAUGCCGGAGCAGGACGACCAGAUACUUCAGGUGGUGCCAGAGAACGAAGCAGAGCCGUUUUCUCCAACCUCCGUUCUUGGCCCAGUCUCCGACGACAAGCAAUUUGCUGCUUCAGCCUCAGCAGGGAUUAUCGGCGAUCCUGUGGCUGUGGCCAUCACUUCGGAGGCCCAUCGUGACCCGGAUGAAGAUGUGGAACCAAUGCGGUUGGGGAAUCUGCUGCACGCCGGUGAAAGGGGGCUUCGCACUCCACCUCUGCAGCGUCACAGGAGCUUUAAACUCGUAGCAACCAAGGAAAACAUGAUUCAGCCAAUUGCUCAGGUUACACCUACUAAACGUGGGGAAACGAAAAGGGUGGAACCCGAUUCAGACUCAUCUGGAUCAACGCUAAUACUGCACUCUGGAGACACAGACCGAGGACCUUCGACGGAUGUAGAUAGUGACUCGGAUUUCGAUUGGCUGCCUGAGAGCCAAGAUGACCUGGAUGGCUCUCCAUCAUCCUCGAACCAGACGUCUCCAAGCCAGAACAAUCAGAAUGUAACCGUCGCAUAUCACCGGCCUCCUCCAGUGUCUCCAGGCACAGAAGAUAAAGCUUCUGUUUCCGAUGACCGGCUUCCUCGCGUGUCUCCAAGCAGAGGAGACAAUGCUGAUGUCGCAGAUGACAGUGUCUACAUUGAGCCUCGGGAGUCUUCAGACACAGAAAGCGUCACUGAUUCUGGACCCAGCAUCUUUUACAGACCCGCCACCUCUACUAAAGUGUACGACACGGUAAACGCAUGCUUGUUUUGUUCCAAGCUUAUCAAACAGAAGAUGCGCAGGCACUUGAUAAGAAAACAUCAGUCGGAGACUGCAGUGGCUGAGGCAAUGGCAGGGUCACGUAACCAGCAAGACACCAAGUUCACCUUGCUGAUCAAUCGUGGAAAUUUCCAACACAACCUGAGAGUCUUGGAAGAUGGAAAAGGGGAGAUUCUUCUAAAGCGGAGGCCUGGACGAUCUGCGAUACCAAUCGGCAGGUUUCUUCCGUGUCCCGGAUGUUUCGCGUUCAUGCUACGCACUGACCUUCAACAGCACCAGGUAGUAUGCCCUGGUAGCAGCGACGACGACGGCCUUGAUGGGGCGCUCACCGUCGCGAAAGCGGAGAAUCUUCUUCUCAGGUUCCGUGCCGAGGACUCGCCGGCGUUCCUGAACGACAUCCGUGAUGAAACAGUGAGAGAUAUCAUAUGUGGAGAUGCAACGCUCACUUCCUAUGCCAAGUACACAGUGGACAGCAAAGGUGAAGGAGAAAAUCACAUCAAGUCGCUUCGUGCAAGACUAGUCAAACUAGCCAAAGUGCUUAGCGAUCUACGCAAGAAAAGACGGGAACCAAACCUCACGGUGCGAGAGAUGUGCGACGCACGCUACUUCGACGACAUCGUGGCCGUCACGAAGGAGGCAGCGGGAUACAAAAGUGGCACCAAGAACACCCCGCCGACGUUCAUGAUCCCUUCGGUGCCACGAACGGUGGGGACAGCGCUGGGAAAGGUGUGCCACGUUCUUCUUGGCGUGGCACUGCGCGAGGAGAACGAGGAGCUGCAGCGCAAAGUAUCCUCGUUCAGGGGACUCCUAAACAACGAAUGGGGAGACAGGGUGGGACGGGCCUCAAGCGAAACACUAAAUAUGAGAAAGCAGAAUGUUGAAAAAGAGCUACCAACUACGCACGACAUGCAGCGUCUUCAGAAACAUCUGCAAGCAAAGUUGAAAGCUGCCAUAGGUGCCGCUCGGGUCAAAUUCUCUGUGAGGGCCUACAACAACUUGGUAUCAGCUGUUGCUGUCAGCCUGAUGGUUUUCAACAAGAGGCGAGGCGGAGAGGCCGUAAAAAUACGUCUACGUGACUACACAUCAAGGGCGUCAUAUACACAAAACGAGACCGUGAUCAAAUCCUUGUCGGCGCUAGAAAGACAGAUCAUGGACAAAAUGUGUCUCAUUAAGACCAGAGGCAAGCGCGGCAGGACUGUGCCUGUCAUCAUCCCACAGCUGGAAAAGGAAGCGGUGGACCUACUAGUGUCACUCAGAGGUUGCGUGGGCCUACGCGACGACGCGCCAGAUGAAGCCCUGCUGUUUACCAGGGCUCCUAGUGGAAAGCCUUUGAAUGGCUGGUACGAGCUUCGGAAGGCCUGCCUGGAAGCGGGAUGCAAAAACAUAAAAAGCAUAACAUCAACAAACAUGAGGAAAUAUUUGGCUACGGUUGUACAGAUCAUGAACUUGAGCGAAAAUGAGAUGGACCAAGUAGCCACUCACCUCGGGCAUGAUCUUGCCAUUCAUCGGAAGUACUACAGACUUCCCGAUAGCACGGUGGAGCUCUCGAAGAUCGCCAAGCUCCUGCUUUCAACGGAGGGAACGCUCGCCUCUAAUCUCGACGACGACCCCGAAGGUGAGCGAACAUUUGAAUGGUUUCAACUGCAAUGUCUUGUUCUUUGUAUUUGUGGUAUUCCAGGCAGACCGAUAGACUGACAGUCUCGUCGGGUCUCGUCGGGUCUGUAUGUCUGUCUGUCUGUCUGUCUGUCUGUGUCUGUGGCUGUGUCUGUCUGUCUGUCUGUCUGUGUCUGUCUGUGUCUGUCUGUGUCUGUCUGUGUCUGUCUGUGUCUGUCUGUCUGUCUGUCUGUGUCUGUGUCUGCCUGUGUCUGUGUCUGUCUGUGUCUGUCUGUGUCUGUCUAUGUCUGUCUGUCUGUCUGUCUGUGUCUGUCUGUCUGUCUGUGUCUGUCUGUCUGUCUGUGUCUGUCUGUCUGUCUGUGUCUGUCUGUCUGUCUGUGUCUGUCUGUCUGUCUGUGUCUGUCUGUCUGUCUGUGUCUGUCUGUCUGUCUGUCUGUCUGUGUCUGUCUGUCUGUCUGUGUCUGUCUGUCUGUCUGUGUCUGUCUGUCUGUCUGUCUGUCUGUGUCUGUCUGUCUGUCUGUGUCUGUCUGUCUGUCUGUGUCUGUCUGUCUGUGUCUGUGUCUGUCUGUCUGUCUUUCUGUGUCUGUCUGUCUGUCUGUGUCUGUCUGUCUGUCUGUGUCUGUCUGUCUGUCUGUCUGUCUGUGUCUGUCUGUCUGUCUGUCUGUCUGUCUGUCUGUGUCUGUCUGUCUGUCUGUCUGUGUCUGUCUGUCUGUGUCUGUCUGUCUGUGUCUGUCUGUGUCUGUCUGUCUGUGUCUGUCUGUCUGUCUGUCUGUCCGCCGCUGCCCCGCCGCCGCGUGGCCGCCACACCCACGCAAGACGUGUGACGGGACGGGGUCACGGCGUGGGGGUACCGCCGCUGCCCCGCCGCCGCGUGGCCGCCACACCCACGCAAGACGUGUGACGGGACGGGGUCACGGCGUGGGGGUACCGCUGCUGCCCCGCCGCCGCGUGGCCGCCACACCCACGCAAGACGUGUGACGGGACGGGGUCACGGCGUGGGGGUACCGCCGCUGCCCCGCCGCUGCGUGGCCGCCACACCCACGCAAGACGUGUGACGGGACGGGGUCACGGCGUGGGGGUACCGCCGCUGCCCCGCCGCCGCGUGGCCGCCACACCCACGCAAGACGUGUGACGGGACGGGGUCACGGCGUGGGGGUACCGCCGCUGCCCCGCCGCCGCGUGGCCGCCACACCCACGCAAGACGUGUGACGGGACGGGGUCACGGCGUGGGGGUACCGCCGCUGCCCCGCCGCCGCGUGGCCGCCACACCCACGCAAGACGUGUGACGGGACGGGGUCACGGCGUGGGGGUACCGCCGCUGCCCCGCCGCCGCGUGGCCGCCACACCCACGCAAGAUGUGUGACGGGACGGGGUCACGGCGUGGGGGUACCGCCGCUGCCCCGCCGCCGCGUGGCCGCCACACCCACGCAAGACGUGUGACGGGACGGGGUCACGGCGUGGGGGUACCGCCGCUGCCCCGCCGCCGCGUGGCCGCCACACCCACGCAAGAUGUGUGACGGGACGGGGUCACGGCGUGGGGGUACCGCCGCUGCCCCGCCGCCGCGUGGCCGCCACACCCACGCAAGACGUGUGACGGGACGGGGUCACGGCGUGGGGGUACCGCCGCUGCCCCGCCGCCGCGUGGCCGCCACACCCACGCAAGACGUGUGACGGGACGGGGUCACGGCGUGGGGGUACCGCCGCUGCCCCGCCGCCGCGUGGCCGCCACACCCACGCAAGAUGUGUGACUGCCGCAGGGUUCGCGUUAUCCUAAAGGUUGUUUUUACUAAAAUAA